GGGCGCUAAUGCGAUAAUCUGGCUGUUGAACGGUGACUCGGAGGAGGAGGAGAAGAAGAGUGUAGCGGGUGUGUGGAGUACCUGCUUCGUCUCGGUUCUUGGUUCGAUCUCAGAUUUCCAGGAUGGCACAGUGGGGUGCCAUAUUCUCAAUAAUUGUUGCUCUCGGAGGAGCAGCACUCUUGGCCUCCGUACACAAGAUCGAUGAGGGACACACUGGAGUUUACUACAGGGGAGGGGCUCUCCUAACUGUCACCAGUGGCCCUGGUUUCCAUCUUAUGCUUCCAUUUAUCACAACCUACAAGUCUGUUCAGACGACGCUGCAGACAGAUGAGGUGAAGAAUGUACCAUGUGGCACAAGUGGAGGAGUGAUGAUUUACUUUGACCGCAUAGAAGUGGUGAAUUAUCUUGUUCCAUCAGCAGUGUACGACAUAGUGAGGAACUUCACCGCAGACUAUGAUAAAGCUUUGAUUUUUAACAAGGUGCACCAUGAGCUCAACCAGUUCUGCAGUGUUCACUCGCUGCAGGAAGUCUACAUCGGCCUGUUUGACCAAAUUGAUGAAAACCUGAAGUUGACGCUACAAGAAGAUCUAACAAACAUGGCACCCGGACUAAUCAUACAGGCGGUGAGAGUGACAAAGCCCAACAUCCCAGAGAGCAUUCGCCGAAACUAUGAGCUAAUGGAGAGCGAGAAGACGAAGCUGUUAAUCUCUCAACAGACACAGAAGGUUGUGGAGAAAGAGGCAGAGACCGAAAGGAUCAAAGCUGUGAUAGAGGCUGAGAAAGUUGCACAAGUGGCAGAGAUCAAGUUUGGACAGAAAGUCAUGGAGAAGGAAACAGAGAAAAGGAUUUCUCAAAUUGAAGAUGGUGCUUUCCUGGCCCGGCAGAAAGCCAAGGCAGAUGCAGACUUCUAUUCAGCACAAAGAGCUGCCGAGGCCAAUAAGAUGAAGUUAACACCACAGUACCUGCAGCUAAUGAAGUACAAGGCCAUUGCAACCAACAGUAAGAUCUACUUUGGGAACGACAUACCACAGAUGUUUGUGGACUCUGGCUCUGCAGGGAGCUCCAUCAAGGUCUCUGCAGCCAUGGACAUUAUGGGUGAGCAGAUCCUGGACGUGGAUUAAGUAGUGGGACACACAUGACCACCCAGGGGUGGAGGACUGACUGUUGGAGAGCAGUAGCCUGGCCCACAGGCUGCCAGGUUCACCUUCUGGCCCAGAGAAGCUCUGCUGACAAGGGCCGGUAUUUCUCAAAUAUUUCAGAAUCACUGCUAGAAGCCAUGUUAAAAGUUCAUUAGAAAAUUGAAAGUUUGACUAUAAAUUAAAAUUCUUCUUCCUCAGA